CUGUAUUUAAAUAUCCUGAAAGGGGGAGGGGAGCUGUAUUCGCCAGUUGGGAGCUUCGCUGUCGUGUCUCUGUGACCAACACACCAUGGGCAGCCCUGAGGAGAGAGAAUGGGUUGAUGUCACCAAUGAUCUUCUUAUGAAAUGUCAUAUAAAUCUGCAUGUGACGAAGCUCACAGAAUGUGGUGCUAAUGUAUUUGUUGGUCUUUAUGAGUCGAUCUUGGGAGAAAAAGUACCAGAUUUCAUAGCCUCUCCCAGAAGCCAAGAGGAUGAUGCACAUAAUGUGCAAGCAGUAAUAGAUUCUCUGGCAUUGGACUACUUGCAGGUCAGCUUGUCUCACAUCACUGGAGAGAACAUUGUGAAAGGAGAGAGAGAAUCUAUCCGAAAUCUGUUAGAAAUAUUUGAUGGCCUGCUUGAAUAUCUUACAGAACAAAUCAGUGAAACUUCUUCUCAGAAUGGGGAUGAACCUGACCAGCUAGCUCACAAUGAAAUUCGAAGUGUGCUUCAAGAGCAGCUGGAAGGUGACCUUGAGGAACCUGUGCCGCCUCUGGAACUCCCAUUUGUUGCGGAGUCUUCCCAGUCAGAUAUUUUUGUCCCAUCUUGGGAGGUAGAAGGAUCAGAAUCUACUAGUGAAUUAAUCAGGCUUGGGGACACUGCUCAUUCAUUUUCUCUAAGAAAGGAAGAGUUUCAGCUCCCUGAAUUGUUGCCAGCAGAGAGAGGUAGGUCUAAGGAGAUCAAGGAACCUGAAGAUGCUGAGGCUACUGUGGCAUCCUGUCAACUUGUGACAUCAUCUAGUCAGCUUUCCAGCUUCAGAAGAGCACUUGUAAAAGAGAGGGAAGGAUCAAUGGAUUCUGUUAAUUCCACUGAAUUUCUCAAAGAGAAUUUGAGUUCCAGUGCUAAGAAGCUUGGGGAGCCCAUACGCCCAGCUAUUCCUUUGCAGCCACCAUAUCAGCCUCCUGAACCCAGGCCUCAUUAUUCAAUGGGAAGGGAGUACCAAAGCUCAGCCAGACAGUCCCUAAGUUUCACUAACAGUCAUGGACUUGAAGCUUCUGUUUUUGCAGAACCACUUAGACAAGAGUCAGCUACUUCUGAUAGUGUUCCUCUGUCAAGACUCACCCCUGUUUUUCCAGUCGGAGAUAAGGUGGUGUCAAAAAAUGAACUAAAUGGCACAAAUGAUGUGGCCAAGGCUCUUGAUGUGGCUGCCUCACAUACAUCAACUACCUGCUUACACCAAGACAUCUCACCAGGCACUGACGAGGUAACAUCAGUAGCACGAAUCACAAAACCUGAAACAAGAAGUCCGCCUAGUGGAAAAAGAUAUGAAAAUUUUAUCACAGAUUCAUUUGGAGAGGAGCCCCUUUCCUGCAGAAAGGCAAAGGAUAAAUUAUCUGAGCAAGAGCUGCAUGAAAUGUCAGAAAAACUCUCUCACAGGUUAAAUGAACUAGAUUUAAUGUUGAAGAGAGCUUUGGGGGAGCAUCCCAGGGAAGAGAUGUUGACAGAUGAAGAUAAGCUGUCUCAGCACAGUGACAGUGUCAUGGAGUAUCGGGGAAGGAAACCUCACCCAGCUACCCCACAUCCAAAAAGACUUCUUAGCAGACCACGGUCCCUUUCUCCAUCCCCACCCUCAUCCAGGUAUCGACUUCACUCUGAGUUUGAAGAUGCACUUCAGAGAGAUGCCAGAGGCCAGAUGGGGAAAAUGCGUAGGCAAUUGCAAAAGGAAAUGGACCAGAGAAGAAUAAAAGCAAAGAUGAUGACGAAAGCAUAUGAAGAGGAAUUAAGAAUUUUUGAAGCUAGAGAGAAACUAGGCCUCUCCAAGCUGAGAGCAAAAGCCAGGGAAACGGAACAAGAAUACCAAGAAAACAUCUUUAAAAAACCUCUAAAAAUGCCUCCGCCAGUGAAAGUUUAUUCUAGAAAAACCACACCUUGGAUUCCAAGAGGAGGGUUUGCAAAGCCAAAGAAAGCAACUCCGAUGAAAGUAAAGGACAAUGACCUCCUCCCUCUGCUACUGGAAGAGUUUCCAUACCUGCAUAUUUCCCAACACUCUAUGAACAAAAUGUGGCAACAGCAGCUUGCACAGAUGGAACAACUGAAGUCUGCUUCUGGCAAAGACAGAUCAAGACUGAAACUCCGAAGUGAAGUAGAAGAAGCACUGAAGAAGCAUGACCUCCUUGUUGACAUCAUAAAGAAAGAUCAAGACCAUCACAAGAGACUGCAAGAGUUUAAGCAACGCAUAUAUCGGCAGAAGUUUGCUCAGAAUAAAAUGAGAGAGAAACGUCAGCAAAUUGCUCGAGCCAAAAAGUACUAUGAAGAUUACCGUGUUCAGCUGCGUGCCAAAAUGAUGCGGGCUAGGACACGGGAAGAAAGGAUAUUUAAGAAUCUAUUUGAAGAAGGCUUAGAAAUUCAGAAGCAAAGGCUGCAGGAGAUGAGAAUGUAUAGUAAAGAAAAGCGUGCUGAGCAAAGAAGAAUACACCAGAAUGAACUGGAGUCCAUGGAGAACUACUACAAGGAUCAGUUUUCAAUGCUGGCAGAAGCUGUAUCACAAGAACGUCAAGAAAUCCAAGCCAGAGAGAAAGCACAAGCAAAAACACUGCACAAAACAAAAAGGGAGUUAAGAUCAAAGAUGGAAAAGGAAAUACAGCAGCUGCAGACACUGAUAACUCAAAAUGACGAUGACUCCUUCUUCCGAGAGCUGGAAGCAGAACGACUGAAAUCCAGACUUCAAAUGGCUUCUUUUCAGUAUAGCAAAAGCUAUUUCUUGUAAGACUUACUUUAACUAUUAAAUAUCAAUGCAGCUUUUAUAUCUGGCUAAGAAACUGUUAAGGGUAUGUUGGGGAAUUGCCACAACCAGAAGGUGGUGGCUGGUUGUUCUGUAAAAUGUUGUCGGUCUGGUUUGCAGCGUCAAAGGCACAGUACUAUGGCUGUAAGUGUCAGUAACUAGGACUUGAAUAUUUUUAAUAUAUCUUUUAAUAAAGUUAAACUAAUUACAUGAUUGUUUAAACUUGAUAAAGGAGACUCAGACUAUUUCAAGCUACCAUUCAGCCUCCAGGUCAAAGUUUUGCUGAAGAGUAUGACCUACCUGUCUAUUCUCAGUACUCUAAACUUUAAGGAGCUGAAUAUUAAAAUUCCUACAUAUCAGUGCUACAUUAUUUGGGCAUUUUAGGUUGAAUCAAUGCCUCUGAACUUCUGACUACAAAGUAAUGAAACUAGAAAAGUGGUGGCAGCUCUUUAAAACAAAGGAGCACUUGCUCAAGUUCCUUGUGAGAGAGCAGGUCAGAAUGGGGGUUUCCUUCCACCUUUGACAUACAAAUCAAUUAUUUAAAUGUACCCCAGGGGCGGGGGGAAAAGGACUUCACUACACUGUACACAGCAUUACAGCAUAGUGCUUAUGGGAUACAUUUACAUAUGAUGUAACCAGGAAUAUAUUUUUGUAGUGUUUUAGCUCUUAAAUAGCUAGUACUAAAUGAGAUUACAGUAAUUGUGCCUAGUGAUGUCCUCAAACAAGACUGUCAUCUCGUUCUUAAUCAUUCACACACUUCAAAACCUAGAACACUUUUUGCUAAAGAAUAAAACUGGUAGAAGACCUUGCAGGCUCUUAAUUACUUCCUAGAGUGAGCAUAUUAGUGUCCUUUUACAUUUCAAUUUUACAGUGGUUUCUCUAUCCAAUUACUAUCAGCAGAUGGCUGCAAUAACUCCAGUUAUAGGCACUACUUAUAGUCUACCUUCAUGGUGGGAAUAUCUACAACAGUCAAACCAUGUUAAGUAUUUGCACAUGGUUGAGGUAGACUUUAACCAAGCUGUUUUCAAGACCACAUGGUUUGCGUCACUAAGCUACUUGGAAAGAUGCUGUCCUAGGAACAUGAUGCAAGCAUUUAGACCUAAAACCAGCAUCUUGUUACACUAACUCUAGUUUAUUUGAGAACACACAAGGAAGCAGUGGGUUUGACACUAAUGGGGUAAAGUAAGAUGCAUUAUACUUGCAUUCACCAUUCUCAAUGCAAAACCUAUUCAGCUAUCAUGCUGAGGUAAGACAGACUAGGUCACCACAAACUGACAGUACAUUUAAGGCAAAGACCCUACAGUUCAACCUGAAUUUAGUGACUUAACCUCCAGCUACAACUUGCUGUCAGCAGUUGAGAGGUGGCUCUUGUACCUGUCUUUUGUAAAGCUGUCAUUUACCUCUGCUACUGAAAUACAUAGGCUAGUAGAUUAAGUGAAGGAAUAAGCCUAAGUGCACAGGUUCUAGUUAGAGCUCACCUACAAACAGUGUUAAAGCCUUAUAGGCAAAGUAACUAGGGAUGUUAAUAGGCUUGAAAAAUAGCUGACACAUUAAAGCACAGUGCUGAUUAGUAGGCUAAGGAUUAAGUCUCUUGCUGUUUAAUAAAACUAGAAGAUUUAGAUCCACCCCCUAGAAUAUACUCUCUUCACUAAACAGGACCCAAAGCAGAAUUUUCAGUAAAAGGCCUUGCCUAAAGUUGGUUGUUCCCUAUCUGAUUAGCUGCUAGAAGCAAAAAUCUUUGGGAUUUGCUUGUAUAGGACUAUUGGUACCUGUCACUCAACACUGAGGGCAUGGCCUGAUAAGAGAUGACAGAAAGCAAUUUACAAGAGAAAUAGAAUUACUCAGUCACAAGAGCAUUCAGUAGAUUUAAUCUCAUGCAUGUGGGGAAAAAAAGUUCACACUAGCCUUGGUGGGGAAAGUAGAGAAUUGUAACUUGACUGAAGCUUCUGACAGCUUAAAUAGUUUUUCCUGUGGCAAUAGCCCUGUUAAAUACAAUUUACAGAAUCACUUCCAAACAGUUAACACACUAAAAGAGACCAAUCCCUUCUCCCCACUGCCGUCCAAUGAGUUGGAAAGACGACAAAGUAUUAAUUGAUUUGAUUUCAUAUUUAUAUAUUUUCU